CGUGGUCUGAGCUCAGCAACAACAUUGGCUGCAGAGAAACGACUCGAACGGUCUGAAGAAGUUGCUCCAGUCUUAUGAACACAGCUGUCCAAUCCGGUCUUCACGUCACCCGGGGGGGAGCCGAAACUUCAAGCAACGUGCCCAGAUUUUGAAGUGGUCAUUGUCCCAGACGGAGACCGUAAAAAAACACCCCAAAAAACCCCUGCCCGGUGUCUUUACGCGGGGUAUCUGAACGGCUAGCUCAUCAGCUAACAGUGUGUGUGUGUGUGUGUGUCGGCUAACAUGAACGGGCAGCAGAACGGUUUCCAUAACAACUCGCUCAUUGAUGAAGACUGCUUCCUCUUCACGUCGGAGUCGGUCGGAGAGGGACACCCAGAUAAGAUUUGUGACCAAAUCAGUGAUGCCGUGUUGGAUGCACACCUCAAACAAGACCCUGAUGCCAAAGUAGCAUGUGAAACUGUUGCUAAGACGGGGAUGAUCCUGCUGGCGGGGGAGAUCACCUCCAGGGCCAACGUUGACUACCAGAAGAUUGUCAGGGACACAAUCAAACACAUUGGCUAUGAUGACUCCUCCAAAGGCUUUGACUAUAAGACCUGCAAUGUGCUGGUGGCUUUGGAGCAGCAGUCCCCUGACAUUGCUCAGGGUGUUCACCUGGAUCGAAAGGAGGAGGAUGUGGGAGCCGGUGACCAGGGUCUGAUGUUUGGAUAUGCCACUGAUGAGACUGAGGAGUGUAUGCCCCUCACUAUUGUCCUGGCUCACAAGCUCAAUGCCAAGAUGGCUGAAUUGCGCCGAGAUGGGACAUUGCCGUGGCUCCGACCCGAUUCCAAAACUCAGGUGACUAUUCAGUACCGACAGGAUCAAGGAGCCAUGGUGCCGUUGCGUGUCCACACCAUUGUGGUCUCAGUGCAGCACGAUGAGGCUAUAUGUUUGGAUGAGAUGCGCAAAUGUCUGAAGGAGCAGGUGGUGAAAGCGGUGGUUCCCAGUGUCUACCUUGAUGAUGAAACCGUCUAUCACCUGCAGCCCAGUGGACGCUUUGUCAUUGGAGGACCGCAGGGUGAUGCUGGUCUGACUGGGCGUAAGAUCAUUGUCGAUACUUACGGUGGCUGGGGUGCCCAUGGAGGCGGAGCCUUUUCUGGGAAGGACUACACAAAAGUAGAUCGCUCUGCUGCCUAUGCUGCUCGCUGGGUGGCCAAAUCUCUGGUGAAAGCUGGGCUCUGCAAGCGUGUGUUGGUCCAGGUAUCCUAUGCUAUUGGAAUUGCCCAUCCACUCUCCAUCUCCAUCUUCCACUUUGGGUCCUCCCAAAGGAGCGAGAAGGAGCUGCUGGAAAUUGUGAAGAAGAACUUUGACCUCCGUCCAGGAGUCAUCGUGAGGGAACUCGACCUGAAGAGGCCAAUAUACCAGCGCACAGCAGCUUAUGGUCACUUCGGCCGUGACUGCUUUUCAUGGGAGGUGCCCAAGAUGCUGAAAUACUGAACCCCUCCUCCUAUCUUUGAGUGGGCCUUAGAUGUACUACAGAUAAACCUGUCUGUCUACCUCCCUCCUUUUUCCUCCUCCCCCCUCUUCCUGCUCACACACUCAUCACCAUCGCAUCACCACAUCACCACAGCCUCUACGUCAUAAAAAUAUUCCCUUCCUCCCCCUGGUAGUACAGAUCUUUAUGAGAUAACACAAGUAUUUCCGUUGCCGAUAUUAAUUUGAACAAGCAUGUUGGAUAAAUUGUUGGUACAGAUUUGAGCAGUGCUGCCAGCUUUUAUUCAUCUUUUUGACACUGCUAGCUAUGAGUGGAUUGACUUAAUCUCUGCAGUAUAUAUUUAAGCCAUAUUUAUAGCAGAUUUCCAAAUCAAGCAUAUGGGUAUUGAUAAGACAUUUCUGGUAUUCCUCAGCUUUUUAAAUUCAGAAUCUCACUAAAGUUAUCAGUGUUUGGAAUCCUAUGUUGCUUUUUCUUUAAUGGCAACAUGUUAUUUCCCAUUUCACCUAACUUUGUUGGGUUAAUAGCAGUUUAGCUUUGCAAAAACAUCCACUCUGUUCCCCCAUACCCUCACCCCCCUGAAAUUUUGUCGGAACAAAAAGUGUCAAAAAUGUCUCAACUUACACAAAACCUGCUAAUUUCUUCAUUUGUGCUGUCCCUUCAGGCCAUUUUUUUUUUUCUGACGUUUUACAGAGAAGUCAGAAGCUGCUAAUGACCUUGUGGUUAUGUUGGGCUGCGCGAUGAAAUCACUCCAUUUUUGUAAUUUAUUUUGUUGGUUUAUAUGCCAUGUGAAUGUUCCAUAUAAUGUUGAAGGCAUCAGUGUUCUACUGACCAAGAUAAAGGCAAGGUGCAGUUCUCCCUUCCCCCUACCUGAGGCUGACUCUGAGUGUAGCUACAGAGAAACUCGGCUCAGUCGCCUCUGGGACGGGGCUGCCUUUAUCCAGUGGCAAAAUGUUCCUUCCUUGCUACAUGACCAGCAAGUAAGGACAACUGAGUGAUGUGUGCCACAAGUUUUUGUAUCUAAAUGCUGUUUUCCUCUCAGACGCACAUGUUUAAUGCCCUGACACGUAAUUAUGAGUCCCACUGCUCGUAUUGGCAAGACCCGCCCUGUGAAGCCUGGCCAAUCCUAGUGCUUGAAUGCUGCCCAGGGCGGUACUUCCCAACAAGAGCAGUGGGAUUCAUAAUCAGGCCGUCCUGACACCUUUAGUCUCACCUGCACACAAUGUGAAAGGUGGAUUGGCACGGAAGAACAUGAAGAGUAGAUCCAAAGACGGACCAAGACGGUACACAGUCAGCUUAGUGGAUGUAAGACAUCGUAUUACUGCUUUCGUCUUCUCAGCAGAGUUAGUUUAAGUGCACAUGAGGACGUGGGACCAUUUGAAGUGAUUCACAAACAUAAUGGAAUAUAUUACUGCUUUGUUUGUGGAUUUUGAAUCUUCCACUGGAAUUGCACGGCAACAUUUGCUCUUAGAGUUACCAAAAGUGGAAAGGCCUCUAUUUUGAUGUUCAAUGUAUAGGAGUCCCGAAAUGAAUGUUGAGCUUGCAGCUGAAGCUUUUCGUUUUAAAUGAUUAAUUAACUUUUUAGUAAAGAGGUUUUUAAAAACAUUCUAUACACUUUACCCAAUGGAUGGCACAAGUCUGAUAUUUCCUCAUUAGUUCCCUUGAAAAGAUCCUUAUUUGUCAAGGUUUUCCCUGCCAUUGUUCUUUUUAAGGCUUUUUGUUGAGAGUUUAGUGAGGAAAUUCAGAUAAAGAGAAAAGAUGUGUUCUAGGGACUAAAUAUGCACAGUAUAUGCCUCCAAUGUUUCCCCAGUGGCCUUUCUCCUUGACAUGGAUCCUCACAAUAUAGUUGCAGAGAUAAGCCUAAACCAGCUGUAAGCUUAAAGGUUGUUAUUCAUCUAAAAUUCCCCACAGUUGGUACUUUGUCUGAGCUGUGUGCGCAGUUAGUGUGUCCUUAAAUGUCUUCCUUGUGUAGCUAGAUGGCACUGUGUCCUCACAUAAACUGAAAUUAAGAUUUUCUUUUCUCUACUCUGAUAACACUGAUACCUCAUCUUGAGUUUGGCUCCUCUACACUCAGCUUGAGUGUACUGCAGAGAAAGCUCAGAUAGGAUCUGUUAGAGUGGUGCUGAGAGCUUUUUAAAAAAGUAAUCUAUGUCCUGAGUGGUCAUCUGGUGAGACGACUCAACCUCCCAAAGAUAUUUUUUUUCACGAUAUGUUUGCAUCCUUUAGCUCAUCCACAGAAGAGACCAAUGAUUGGUUGGUGUUGUACAGAGAAACCAGCCUGUUUACAUGGUCUCAUGUGGGGGGUGUAAAGCAUUUUUUUUUUUUUGUGUAAUAAUUUUUUUAAUAAUAAGAAGUAAGUCUGUUAUUGUGGGUGCUGAAUGUGAAAAAGUGCCUUUUCUCAUUUUCUGCAAUGCCCGUAUCCCCUGCCCCCUAAUGUCUAACUCCUUACCUGUUGAAUCCUCCCCCAGUGUCUACCCUGAGGUUGAUAAAUCUCCCUCUUCAAUAAUUCAUGCUGAGGAGUCUGAAUUGUUGCGUUUCUCUCUCAAACCCUUUAAAAAUAAACUGCACUCUACUUUGUGCUCA